AAUGAAUCAAUUCAUUUCCUAGAAUAAAAAAAACUUAAGAGAUAUAAUAAUUAAAGACAGCUUAUGCAUCUCAAUUGGAUCUUGACCUGAAUAAAUUAGUAUUGUGAUUAUGUAAGAAAAAGUCCAAGAUUUUUAGAGCUGGAAAGUGAUAAUUAGGAUUAAAAUGUCAUGAUAUCUCUAACUGUAAAAUCAUCUAGUAAAAUGAAAAUAUGAUUUGCAAAAAAAAUUAGCAAUUAUUGGUCCUAUGUGAUAGGUACAUGUAGGCUCUUUAUGUUAUUCUCUCUCUUUUUUUCAUAAUAAAAAGCCAUUAAAAGUAUACUCUCUGGGCUUUGUGACCUUGAGUACCAGUAAAUACCUUAACGUCUCUGGGUGUUCAAGUUCUUUCCCAGGAAAAUGGGACAAAUCACACCUACCUCAUAGGGUUGUAAGAAUUAUGCAAGGUAGUUUAUGAAAAGCAUGUGGAACAGGGCAUAGCACAUCAUAUGCAUAUGCCAUUCAUUCAUUGACUGUAUCUUUAUAAAUGUGUCUUUAUGAGGGCUUGCCACGUGACAGGCAUGCAUUACAUGUUGAGAUACCGAAGGCAGGAGGUUGCUGCCCAUCCAUGGCUUCCAUUGUAGCAUGUUUGUCACUAGUGAAGAUUUCACUCUUUUGCUUCAUUGUUCAUCCUCCUCUGGGGAGACAUCAGAGGAGAUACAGAGGGGAAAAUACCUCUUUAAACAAACAAAAAAGUCUAAAGCAGCCACUAACUUUCCUAUCUUCCUAGUCAAACUCCCACUGUAAGUUGACUUUGUCUGUAUGUUGUUUUUGCUGUUCAUUGUCCUGCAAUUAUACCAUCCCCGUGCCAUCUCCAACUUAAGUGGAGGCCAUAACUUAACAUUAAUGGAACCAGAACACACUUUUUAAAUCUCCAACAGCAAACCCUCCUGAAAGAUAUUUAUUCCUGCCUUUGAAUUCCAUCUCUGCCAUGUCACUCUGACUGUGGAGAGAGCUCACCUGCCUUCUCUGAGUUAUACUUUCCCCCUCUGCAAAAGCAGAUACACCUAUUUUGCUUGGUAUCUGUGGGAAUUGGCAAUUAGAGAUAAUUUUUGUAAAGUAUCUGGUAUAAUUCUCCAUCAUGGGGAGCUUUUGUUAUUGGGGUGAUUAGAGUUGGUGGAUAAAAUAUCUACUUCCAAAGUUAACAUCUCUGAGAAGGGUGUGGCUGGAGCUAAAGGGAAAGGUGGGACACAGGGUCCCCAUUAAUCUUACCCUCUGUACAGUUAAUGGUAGCUGGGAAGAUACUGCUCUAACUUGAACCUUUUUAGUGUUUCAGCUGAACUGCCUACUCAUCUUCAAGCCAUCAUGAGCUGUAAGAAAAACAGGUCACAGAAGGUCUCCUUGGAUACAAGGAGAAAUACGAAAAUUGUGGACUAUUUUCCUCAGGUCAAUAAAGAACAACAGGAUAAUUCCAGUGUUCCUCAAAUGAAGAAUGGCUCCAGAAAAAGCCCACAUCAUGUAACUAAUACCCAGGCUCAAAGAGCCAAAGACCAGGCUAUAUCCCAAAAUAAGGUACUUGACAUUACCUUAGAUGUACCUCACAGGAGAAACAAACAAAUGAAAUACCAGAUCACAUGUAAUGAGAGGCAUACCUUAUCAACAGCACUUGACACUCUUCAGGUUGUCAAAAAAGAGAGGGAAACUCAGCAAGGCAAAGAAAUACUGGUGCAGGGCACGGAAGGAAUUGAAGGCUACCUAAACCUUGGAAUGCCCCUCAGUUGUUUGCCUCAAAAUUGCCACCUGGGAAUUACAUUUGCCCAGAAUAAAAGUAAGCAGAAUGAAAAGAACCAGAUAUCUGGUCGGCAUGACAAGGCAUCUACUGAUUGUGUCAAAUUUUUUAUCCACGCAAUUGGAAAGACAAGGAAAAGGAUUGUCAAAUACAGGAAACUUCACAAAGAAGGGGUCAAACUCUGUGUCUAUGCUUUCAAAGGAGAAACCAUCAAGGAAGCUGUGUGCAAGGAUGGCAGAUUUCUUUCCUUUCUGGAGAACAAUGAUUGGAAACUCAUUUUAAACCUGGACUCCAUUGUAGAAAACACACAAUGUGUCGAUGAGCUAGAGGGCAAGCUCUUCCAGGUUGAGGUUCAGGAAAGGAGGGCGUCUAGGGCAGCAGCCACUCAGAGCCGUGAUUUGGCAACCACUCAGAAUUGUGGUGUGGUAACCACUCAGAAUUGUGGUGUGGCAACCACUCAGAAUUGUGAUUUGACAACCACUCAGAAUCCUGAGUUGGAGGAAAGAAACACCUGUGUUUUGGAAGGAAAAAGUAUGGCCCAGUACCCUAGUUUGAAAAGAGAAAUGAAAAAAAUUAGAGAAAGCUUCAAGAAAAAGAUUAAAAAUAGACAGGGGAAGAAAUUAUAUCUUGCUCAUAAAACAUACUUUGGGAAACUGACAAAAAACGCUACUCCGGUUAAAAUCACCAAACUUCUUUCUCGUCUCAGUGACUCAGUUGGGUACUUGUCAUGGGACAACAAUGGAAUUCAGGGUUGUGCCACCUGCUUUGUUUUUAGAGGGUUGUUCAUUUUCACUUGUUGGCAUGUAAUCCAUGACAUUGUGGGAAAAGGAAUAGAGCCAAGCAAGUGGGCAGACAUAAUUGGCCAAUGCGUGAGGGUGACAUUUGGUUACGAAGACAGCCAAGAAAGAGGGGACUACUUUUUUGUCAAACCUUGGUUUGAGAUAUCUGAUGAAUCUCUUGAUUAUGCUGUUCUGGAACUGAAGGAAAAUGGACGACCAGUACCUUCGGGACUUUAUAAUGGAAUUGGUCCUGUGCCCCUUAGUGGGUUGAUAUAUAUUAUUGGCCAUCCAGAUAGAGAGGCAAAGUCUAUUGAUGGUUGUGCUAUAGUCCCUCAGAGCCAGCGAGUAGAAAAAUAUCAGCAACAUCUUCCGCCUCAGGAUUCCAAUGAGCAUAUGCAGGGUUUCGAUGAGCAUAUGGAGUUUAUCCGUAUGCUCACUCAAAGAAGUUUCGAGGAAAUGGCUCCCAGAACUGAUGUGAUUACCUAUGACACCAGUUUUUACUUUGGGUCAUCUGGUUCGCCAGUAUUUGAUUCAUACGGUUCAUUGGUGGCCAUGCACAGUGCUGGCUUCCGUAAUUACUACCAUUCUGAAUUUUCCAGUAUCAUUGAGUUUGGCCCUACUAUGGAAUCCAUCCUCCAUGAUAUUAAACAAAAGCAUAGAGCCUGGUAUGAAGGCAUAUGCAUAACUCAGCAGGAGGUAGAAAUGGUGAGUGAUGAGGAUUGAGGACAGUGAGAAUUCCAUCCAUUUCCAAGCUGUCAGGAAAUUAGCUAUAGAAAUGUUAUUCCACAGGCUGUGAUGAUAGUUUUGUAAAUUUAAAGUGCUUAUUGCUCCCUGCCGACAUGGCUCACUUGGUUGGUCCUUGUGGCACAGAGGGAAAGGUGGCUGGGUAGAUUUCUGGCCACAGCACACGCCUUGGUUGUGGGCUCAACCCCUGGUUGGGGCAUGUGAUAGAUUUCUCUCUCUCUCUCUCCCUCCCUUCCCCUAUCUCUAAAAAUAAAUAAAUAAAUAAAUAAGUAAACAAACAAACAAAUAAAUAAAUAAAUAAAAUCUUUAAAAAAUUGUUGAUAUCAUCAAUAAUAACAAAUACUAUUGACCACUUCUUUGCACUUUCUAAGUGCAUUUUUUCUAAGCUCAUGUACAAACUAGUUCUAACAGCUUUACAAGGUGGAUUGUUAUCUCUGUUUUGUUUUAUUUUUUAAAGACUUAUUUUUAGAGAGAGUUUGCUUUUUCCACAAUGUCAUGUAAUCACAUAGUAUAUAGCUUUUUUCUGAUUGACUUCUUUUACUUAGCAAUAUGCAGGUGAAGUGCUUCUGGGUCUUUUUACGGUUUGAUAGCUCACCUAUUUGUAUCACUGAAUAAUAUCCUGUUAUAUUGGUAUACCACUACUUUUUUGUUCAUUCAUCUUUUCAGAGAGCUCUUACUUGAUUCUAGUUUUCAGUGAUUGCAAAUAAAGUUGU